GUAAAUUUGUUGUUGAAAAGAAUUUUUGUGAAUUAAAUUUUCCGUGGGAAAUGCCUGAACCUAACACUGUCAACUGGCUGGCUGCACACCGGCCUGACUCCUGCUACUCCAUCUCUCGUAUUAUGAAGAUGACAUACAUCCCUCUGCCCCAAAGCUGAAAUGGAUAGUGACGGAAUGGUGGCGGUUGUACGAGGUCUGGGCAACUCCGCCCUGACAGUUACGUUACUUGACGGAUGUCGACAAUACACUCUGCAGCCUGAGGCCACCAAUGAAACGCGACAAACAUCAGCGCAGUGUCAUGACGCAGUUCGUAGUGAUAGCUGUGCCCAAGCCACUGACGGCAGAUAUGCCAGCACAUACAGGAUGACGCAUUGCCACGUGAACCCAACUUCGCCCCAGAUAGAGGUGACAGAGUUUCCCCCACAGCGAGCUGAAUUAUGUCCAGGUCAAGGCAAUUUUGAGAUUGGUGGUAACGGCAGUGGUGAGAAAUACCACGCGAAGAAGUCAACCACAUUCAGGGGAGGGAUGAGUUGGCCUGAUAAAGGUUCAGUGUUCGCAUCUCGUCCCUCGGUGCAGCCGGACUCCUUCGCCAGUUCACUUCGGAAAUAUCCGAGUAUGUCUCCCGAGAGGUCUUCAGAGAUUUUGGAGCGAUUAGUCUCUUUUGGACAGAACAGAAGUGGUAUCAAAUCCAAAUCGUCAUCACCAACGCGCACCGUUGAGUCGGACAGUCAAAACAUCAGUUUGGAAUCUCGAAGGAAACAAGUACCCGACCCUGAAAUUAAUCUUAGGAGACGCACGGAGGAGUCGCCAACAAGAGAUGGCAGAAGAGAAGAGUCAUGGCGAAGAAAUACAUUUAGUAGAAGCCAUGAUAUCAGAUAUUUAAGAGAAGUAACCAAAGCUGUAAGAGAAGGGAUACGAUCGCAUAAUUAUCCAGAAAGAUUGAUUCCAAGACGUGAAACUACCCCGGAAAGAAGAAACGCAAAGACUCGAAAUUCUGUGAAUAUGGAAAUACAAGCCGCAGUACAAAUGGUCUCCCGUGAAGUAAUCACUUUGCCGACCAAAAAACCAUCUCAAAGAAAUAUAGCGAUAUCACAAAUGCCAUCCAAGUCAGACGACCCAGAAGUAUUUACGCUUCAGUUUAGAGACUCAAUUCCUAAACCUACACCAAUUAUCGCCAACUAUACUGCAUGCACACUGACAGCCAGAAAUAAUCACGAUUUUAAGUACACCCACAGUGUCAUUAAUGUAGUAAACAGUAAUAACCCACACACGAACCCCGAAAGACGAAACAUAAACUCCAAAGUGGAUUAG